AGUUUUAGGCACCAAUUCGUUCACUCAGUCCCACAGUCAAAGAUCAUCUUCAAUAUGUCGGUUUCGGAUUUGAUCGGUGCCAUCGAGGCCAUUCCCAAGAUCACAGUUUCCGAUGCUCCUGCGCCUCCAACUUCCGUGUUCCUUGAUGCUCCUGAAUGGCUAACGGAAAGCUAUCUGCAGGAUGCCCUGCGCAAGUACUACAAGGACCAAAGGAUCCGGAUCAACUGGGUCAAGGUGAAUCCCGCCUUGGGCAAGGGUGAAAACUACGGUGGAGUCCUGACCCGCGUCAAGGCCCAGUUCACCCGCGGUGAUGGUAGCUCCCAGCUGGGUCACUACAUUGUUAAGUCGACCUUCGAGGGCAAUGAAUUUGCACAGAACACAAUGGAACCCUACGAUAUCUUCAAUCGCGAGAUGAUUAUCUACGAACAGGUGCUGCCCAAGCAGAAGGCUCUGCUCCGCGAGAUCGGCGAUACGGAGCAGAUCUUUGCCGAAACCAUGGCUGUUGAUAUUGAUAAUUCGGCGUUGAUAUUCGAGGAUCUGAAUGCUCGUGAUUUCGUAAUGCCCGAUCGUUUGGUCGGAUUGGAUCUAAAACUGGCCCGAAUUGUCCUGCGGAAAUUGGCCAAGAUGCAUGCCACUUCGGCGGUUUUGAACGAACGUGAGAAUCACUCGCUGGAGUCCUACGAUCGGGGCUUCUUCAAUCGGUACACCGAUAAUUAUGAACCCGCUUUUGUGGGAAUGUUUGAGGCGGCCACUCGCCGGGUGGCCCAGUGGCCGGGAUAUGAAAAGUACGCCGAGAAGAUGGAGGCUCUGGUGCCCAUCUACAUGGAGCUGGGCAAGCGAAUCUUCGACAUCUCGCCCGGUCACAUAAAUGUUCUGGCCCACGGAGAUCUUUGGACCAAUAAUGUACUCGUGCAGUACGAUAAGGAGACGGGGGAACCCUUGGAUGUCGUCAUCAUUGACUUUCAAUACACCGCCUGGGGAUCGCCUGCGCUGGAUCUUUUCUACUUCAUGAACACCUCGCUGGAGUUCGAUCUCCAUCAGAAUCAUCAGGAGCAGCUGAUCGCCUACUAUUUCGGCUUUUUCACGGACACACUGAGGAAGCUGCAGUACCAGGCUUCGAUUCCCAGCUUGCAUCAGUUCCACCAGCAGCUGCAGCAGAAGAAGUUCUACGCUGCUCACACUUCCAUCUCGGUGUUCCCGAUUCAGCGAAAUGUGGAGACCGCCGAUGCCGAUUUCAAUGCUCUAAUGGAGACCAACCAGCGGGCCAUUAAUUUCAAGGAUGCCUGCUAUAGGAAUCCCAUUUCUCAGAGGAUUUUGCGUGAACUUCUGCCCAGUUUCGAGGCCGAGGGUUUGCUCGAUAUCGAUCAGUGAGGGAGAUGUACAGACCUUACACCUGUGUUAUAUAGUACACACUAUACCAAAUUGUAUAUAGAUAAAUAGUAGAAAAAUUAUACGUAUUAUAGUUUAGAUAAUGUAAUCACAAUUGUAUUUUAUAACAGAAAUAUAGAAAAUAUUCAACU